AUGGUGCUGAGAAGGCCAAGCAGUCGCCAAGGCGUCGGCGGAGUUGAGCUGGUCCCAAGCUCCGCAUGGGAAUCGGCCAGAAGGCGCUUGAAGCAGCCAGUGGCUAAAGGCCACUGGCCCGGGCUGUGCGCCUGCGUCUUUGUGGGCGGCCGCCUGCGGAUGGUGGAGGAGCUGGGCUUCGCGGACAUCGAGGCAAAGACGCCCAUGACGCGGAAGACGCUGAUGAGGGUUUACUCGAUGUCAAAGUGCAUCGUUGCAGCCGCUGUGAUGCAGCUGAUAGAGGCAGGGCGCAUCAGCUUGGAUGAUGAGCUCAGCAAGCACAUCCCCGCCUUUGCGGACGUGAAGGUUGUCAUGGAGGGGCCGGAUGGACUGCCCGACUUCAACAGACUGGUGCCCAGUCGUCGCCCCAUCCGUAUUCGUCACCUGCUGACGCACACCUCCGGCAUCUCUUGUGGCUUGGCACCCGAGCUCGACGGCCCCAAGCAGAGGACGGCGCGUGAACGCGCAUGGGCUGGGAUCUACACAGCCUUGGUAGAUCGUGUGGACCGUGGCGAUGCGAAGGACCUGGCGGAUUGGGUGGCGGACCUGGCAAAGUUGCCCUUGCAAAGCCACCCAGGCACUUCUUAUGCCUAUGGGUACAGCUAUGACAUCUUGGGGCACUUGGUGGAGCUCACAUCAGGGAAGAAGCUGGGCCGCUAUCUUCAAGAUCACGUCUUCAAGCCCUUGGGCAUGCGUGAUACCGGCUUUGAGCUCCAAACGUCCUCGCGGCGCCUGGGUGUGCUGUACCGGCGCACCAAGUCUCGGCUCUGGGGCAGCAACGGCCGAAGCUUCCGGCUGGUGCGGGUGGAUCCGGUGAAAGGCAAGCGCAGCCGCUGGGCCAAGGUCUGCAAAGUGCCCUCCGCCGGCGGAGGCCUGUCCAGCUUAGAAGGCGGCCUGCUCAGUACCAUGGAUGACUACGCGAAGUUUCUGCUGAUGGUUACAUCUGGUGGCACGCACCCCGCUGGUGGUCAGCGCAUUCUCGGCAAGCAGUCUGCGGAUUUCAUGAUGAGCGACUUCUGCGAGCUGUUGCGAGUCAAUGGUCGACUUCCAAGCUGCGCGCGGCCUUACGACGACCCCGGCUUGGGCUUGAGCGGCCUCGGGGAGCUGCUCCGCCAGCGGGCGCCCUGCUGGGGCCGAUGGUUCGACGGCGUGCCGGGAGUGCUGCAAUGGGGCGGUGCAGCAAGCUGCGCGUUUAAGUUCGAUCCCAAGGGCUCGAUCUUGACCUUGGUCAUGACUCAGGCGCUGCCUCAAGAUGACGGCACGACCAUCACCCGGCUGCUCCAAGACGCGCGCCAGGUGGUCCAGUCGCAGUCGGAGAGCAGCGUGCAGGUUUCUUGA